CACAAACAUUAGUCACAACACUGUUCAAGUUUUUCUUCAUCUCUUACCAUGGCAACUACGUUGUUCCGCACUAUUCGUAGAGCUUCCACUGUAUUCAAAUCCUCGUAUGCUGCUACCUCGUUUUUGGUCCCUCCCAGGUUAGUUGGGAGGGGUCAAAUAUAUUCUUUUGAUUGUUCAUUGAGGCAUUGUGUGCCUUUUGAGAAGAAAUGUUUUUGGUGGGGUUUGAGAGAGAUGAGUUAUGGGAAGGUUAAUCUUGUGAUAAAGGAUGGGAAGACAAAGUUCGAGACUCAUGAGGUUGAGGCUCCAAGGAAAGAUAAGUGGAAGACUAAGAAGAGGUUGAAGAUGCAGAGGAAAAGAGAGAAGGAGAAGAGGAAAGCGGCGAAUAGGAGAGAUCCACGUCGACUUGGUGUUAAAGGGAAGAAGAAAAAGCAGAAGUUUGCUAAUCCUGAAGAGAGGAUUAAGUUCAAGAUUAACAAUGCCAGAGUCAAAGAAGCGUUGCUUAUUGAACGGCUCAAACGAUAUGAAGUUGCUAAGGCUCAGGGUCCGGAGGUAAAACCAGACGGUUUGACAGGGGAGGAACGACAUUAUCUGAAGAAAAUGGCUCAGAAGAGUUCUAAUUAUCUACAAGUUGGCAGAAGAGGAUUAUUUGGAGGGGUUAUUCUCAAUAUGCAUAUGCAUUGGAAGAAACAUGAGACUGUUAAGUGCAUAUGCAAGCCUUGUAAACCUGGUCAAGUACACGAGUAUGCGCAAGAACUUGCCAGAUUGAGUGGCGGUAUUCCAAUUCACAUCAUAGGCGAUGACACUAUAAUAUUUUAUCGUGGAAAGAAUUACAUGCAACCUGAGGUUAUGUCGCCGAUAGAUACAUUGUCGAAGAAAAAGGCACUUGAAAAAUCCAAGUAUGAGCAAUCGCUCGAGUCAGUGAGGCGUUUCAUUGCUAUCGCGGAGAAAGAAUUGGAGCUAUAUCAUAGACACGUUGCACUUUAUGGCGACCCUAGCAACCGCAAUCCUUUGUCUAUACUCGACGGUCCAAUUGGAAGCUCCAUGGAAAAGAGGAAUCAUGAUAAAAAGAACCUUGAUUCAAGUAGCUAUUAUCUUUCAGAGACAGAAUCAGAUUCCUCACAGACGGAGCUAUCAGAAUCUGAAGAUAACUUUGAAAAUGGGAACUUGUCAAUGAGUGAAUCAGAUUCUGAAGAUAGCAUGUUAGGUUCGGAUGAUGAUCAAGAAAGAGAAGUAUAUUUAACUAAAAUGCAAGAUGAAAGUGUAUGCUCAACCACAGGUCCAUCAUCAAUGUCUAAGCAUACCCACCAUUUUAUGAAUCAACAUUUGUUAUCUUAACAAAUUCCCAUCACUAGAGAUUAGAGGUUAAUUAUAUAUUGUUCAAAGUUGCCUUGUGUAAACCAAAGCCAAAUAGUACAUAGAAAAAUGCCUUGAAUGAAUUGAAAAUUUGUUUAUAGAAGGGGAAUUUUUGUUGAGUCUUGUUGUCUUUUAUAAAGUAGAUGCAACUUUACAUGA